UGAGUUGUCAAAUAUCUUUGCUUACUUAACCUCAAAAGUAGAAAAUUAAUUAAAACCCUUGUAAAUUAAAUUAAUAUAUAAAAAUGACUCUGUAUCACUUCGGAAAUUGUAUAGCGCUAAUUUACGUGCCAUAUUACCUGACUUAUAAAAGUGCCGGAUUAUCUGAAUACGGAGCCUUUUGGAAAUGCUUCCAAGCAGGAAUGAUAUACGUAUUCACCCAAUUAGCCAAAAUGUUGGUUUUGGCCACGUUUUUCCCCGAUAACGUGGGCGAUUUCGGCAACGAUCUCAUAGGUGAAUUCUUGAAGUCGACCGUCGAUUUAGCUGACUUGAUCGGCAUUUACGUUGUGCUGGCAGGAAUCCCCGGAAAAGGCCACAGCAAAGUCCUAACAGCAGGCAUAGGUUGGGCCACAGCUGAAGUAAUCCUUUCCAGAGCUGUGCUUUUGUGGGUUGGUGCAAGAGGAGCUGAAUUCGACUGGAAAUACAUUCAGAAGUGUCUUGAAUCUAACAUUUCUUUAGUACAACAUAUUGUAACAGCUACAUUGGUUUGGUUGUGGUCAAGGCAUGACUUGAAGAGCAACCUGAAAACAGUGGUCACUGUUUUGUUGGUGUUUUCUUCUUAUAAACCACUGUUUUUGGACCUCUUGAUCAAGGCUAUUUUGGCUGGACCAUGGACUGGCUUGUUUAUUAAAGCUCUGGUUACUGGUGUUACAGGUUUUCUUACUUUAAUUAUUUAUGCAGGACUUGCUCAAGUGAUUGGUAUAUUUUAAGUAUUUUAUUUAUUACAUUUUAGUCUUGAAUAGUGUUUGUUAUAUUAUGAACUUUUCACCUGUAAAAAGUUUUGUAUCAUUGAUCAUUAUUUAUAAUAAUUUGUUUAAUAACUGUUUUUUUUCUUGAAUAAAUAAGUUAUUCAUAA